AUGUAUUCAACUAGAUCUUCUUCAUCAAUCUCCAUUGCCAUAGGUGAUUUAAACAAAGAUAAUCGUUUGGACAUUACCUUCAUCAACAAUAAUACGGGCACUAUAGGUAUUAUGCUUGGCUAUGAUGAGUUUUUUCCAAUUCAAACGACAUAUGCAACUGGCACUGAACCAUACUGUGUAGCUGUUGGUGAUUUCAACCAUGACGCCCGGCUAGAUAUUGUAGUUGCUAAUAGGGACAGCAACACUGUAGGUGUACUUUUGGGAUAUGGAAAUGGCUCUUUUGAAAAUCAAGCGACAUAUUCAACUGGCUCUAAUCCAUGGUCUGUAGCUGUUGGUGAUUUUAACAACGACAUCAAUCUGGAUAUCGUCGUCGCUAAUGCUCAUGACAAUACUGUCAGUGUACUUCUCGGAUACGGUGAUGGCUCUUUUGCAAAUCAAACGACAUAUUCAACUGACUCUUACCCGUUAUCUGUAGCUGUUGGUGAUUUUAACAACGACAACCAUCUGGAUAUCGUUGUUGCUAAUUAUGAUGGCAAUACUUUAAGUGUACUUCUCGGAUAUGGUGAUGGCUCUUUUGCAAAUCAAAUGACAUAUUCAACUGGCUCUGACCCACAAGCUGUAGCUGUUGGUGAUUUUAACAACGACAUCCAUCUGGAUAUCGUCGUUGCUAAUUUUGAUGACAACACUAUAAGUGUACUUAUCGGAUAUGGUAAUGGCUCUUUCGCGAAUCAAACGAAAUAUUCAACUGGCUCUAGCCCAAUAGCUCUAGCUGUUGGUGAUUUUAAUAAUGACAACCAACUGGACAUCGUCGUUGUUAAUCGGGAUGACAACACUGUAAGUGUCCUUCUCGGAUAUGGCGAUGGUUCUUUUGCAAAUCAAACGACAUAUUCAACUGGCUCUGGCCCAAUUUCUGUAGCUGUUGGUGAUUUUAACAACGACACCCAAUUGGAUAUCGUCGUUGCUAAUUUUGGUGGCAACACUGUAAGUGUACUUCUAGGAAAUAGCAAUGGCUCUUUUGCAAGUCAAACGACAUAUUCAACUGGCUCUAACCCACAUGCUGUAGCUGUUGGUGAUUUUAACAACGACACUCGUCUGGAUGUUGUCGGCGCUAAUUUUAAUGACGAAACUGUAGGUGUACUACUUCGGUAUGACAAAGGAGCUCUGGAAGAUAAAAUCACAUUUGCGCCUACCUAUGGUUCUCGUUUGCGAAACUUUGCCCUUUUUGAUUUCAAUAACGAUAGCCUAAUGGAUAUCGCCGUUGUCAAUUAUGGUACUAAUAACAUAGGUGUCCUUCUUGGAUAUAAAAAUGGCACUUUUGGAAAUCAAAUGGUGCUCUCAACAGGCUUAAAUUCUCAUCCUUACUCCAUCACAAUCCAUGAUUUCAAUAGAGACGGUCAAGCAGAUAUAGCCGUGGCCAAUAAUGGUACUAAAAAUCUUGUUACGUUUCUUGGAAGUGGAAAUGGAACAUUUGAAGAUCAAGGACGUUACGGUGUAGAUUUCGAUUUCGCUCCAUUGAUUAUUGGUGCCAAUAGUUUUGACAAAAAUGGGCGUUCAGAAAUUUUCGUUGCAUAUGAUGACAUCGAUUAUGUAGAUGUGCUGGUUACAUACGACAUCGGAUCUUUCAGUAAUCACAUUAAAUAUUCAACUGGGAAUUGGCCCCGAUUUGUAGCUCUUGGCGAUUUUAAUAACGAUACCCAACUGGAUAUCGUCAUCGCUAAUCGGUACGACAAUAAUGUAAGUAUCCUUCUCGGAUAUGGAAAUGGUUCUUUCACUAAUCAAACGACCUACUCAACUGGCUCUCAGCCAUGGUCUGUAGCUGUUGGCGAUUUUAACAACGACACCAAUCUGGAUAUCGUCGUUACUAAUUUUGGUGGCAAUACUGUAAGUGUCCUUCUCGGAUAUGGCAAUGGCUCUUUUGCAAAUCAAACGACAUAUUCAACUGGCUCUGGCCCAAUUUCUGUAACUGUUGGUGAUUUUAACAACGACACCCGACCGGAUAUCGUUGUUGCUAAUUAUCAUGGUAAUACUUUAAGUGUACUUCUCGGAUAUGAAAAUGGCUCUUUUGCAAAUCAAACGACAUUUUCAACUGGCUCUACCCCAUACUCUGUAGCUGUUGGUGAUUUUAACAAGGACACUCGACCGGAUCUCGUCGUUACUAAUCUUGGUGGCAAUACUGUAAGUGUCCUUCUCGGAUAUGGCAAUGGCUCUUUUGCAAAUCAAACGAAAUAUUCAAGUGGCUCUGCCCCAUACUCUGUAGCUGUUGGUGAUUUUAAUAAUGACAACCGACUGGAUAUUGUCGUCGCUAAUUGGAAUAACAACACUAUGAGUGUCCUUCUUGGAUAUGGCAAUGGUGUUUUUGCAAAUCAAAUGAUCUAUUCAACGGGCACUAGUCCUUCAUCUGUAGCUGUUGGCGAUUUUAAUAAUGACACCCGACUAGAUAUCAUCGUCUCUAAUGGUAAUGGGCAAAGUGUCAGUAUAUAUCUGGGAUAUCCUAAUGAAGGCUUUUUUAAGCAAAUGAGACUCAUAACUCGCAAUGGAUCUCGCCCUAAGUCAUUCGCCAUUGGAGAUUUUAACAAUGAUGGUCAAAUAGAUAUUGCAGUUGCAAAUUCAGGCACUAACGACAUCAGUAUUUUCCUGAGACACGCCAAUGGUUCUUUCGGAAAUCAAAUGGCAUAUGCAACUGAUUCCUCUCCGUGGUCGGUAGCUGUUGGUGAUUUCAACAACGAUACCCUACUUGAUGUUGUCGUCGCGAAUCUUGACAGUGACAAUGUUGGUAUAUUUCUUGGAUGGGGUAAUGGUUUCUUUUCAAGCCAGAAAACGUUUUCGACCGGUUUAAACUCGCAACCAAACGCGGUUGCUGUUGGCGAUUUCAACAACGAUACCUUGCUAGACAUUAUUGUUGCUAAUUAUGACACAAACAACAUAGGUGUGUUGCUUGGCUAUGGCAACGGUUCCUUCACAAGUGUUAAGCUUUUUUCAACCGGUUAUGGAUCUCUUCCGUUCUCGGUUUCUGUUGAUGAUUUAGACAACGAUGGAAAAUUGGAUUUCGUCGUCGCCAAUGAAGGUGCUGACAAUUUAAACAUUUUUUUACAGACCUGUUAA